AUGUUGAGUAGGCUGUUGGUUAAGCCUCGUCUGGUCUCAUUACCAUGUCGAAUUUUGUUGACAAAAAGCUUGAAAACAUCGUCGACGGAUGAAACCACUGCUGCUGCCACAAGGGUAGCUAGUACAGGUUUGUUGUUUCUUUCUUAAAUUAAUUUUUGUAACUUAGGGGUGUCCUUUGUAACCUGAAUUUGGAGUGGAAAAUUUAUGUGUCAUUGAUCAAGAGUGACUUAAGCUCAAUGUAGUUGGAUCAGUUGAACAUCAGUAUAGCGGGUUAGUUCUUUUGUAUUUUUUUCGCAUAUUUAGGCAAGCUAAUCAUUAUCCUUAUGUUGUGAUAUUAAGUGAGACAGUCUUCAAAAUGACGUAACCUCAUUCAGAACCAAAUAAGCCCAUAGUUGCAUAUUGGGUUUCUCUCAUCAUGCACCUCUUUACUUAAGAGGUGUAGUCACAAAAGUGAGAGUGGUCCUGAAAGGACUGUUGUCUGCUGAAGUGAGUGACAUACACUGUAUUGGCAAGUUGAGGGCAAAAAAUCAUCCGAGUGUUGGUUCUGUUGACUGACACACUAUGUGGUUUUGGAUGUAGUGUUAUCACUGUAAAUUUAAGUCAUUUGUAGUGUGGUAGACAGGGGGAGCUAGUGCAGAUGGCAGUUUUCCCUACAUGUUGUGAAUCAUUUUAAGUUUUUCUUGCUGUUACUGUUAGAUGUCAUCUAACUCUGUAAAUUGUCUAAUUUGAUAGAAAACGAAGGUGCAGAGUUGAGACCUCUUUACCUUGAUGCACAAGCAACCACCCCUCUGGUAAGAAACACUUUUUUCCGGAUUUGGCUUAGUACCCAAUACAUAUGCAAAAUGACAUUACACAAACUAAAUUUACAAGUAAUAAAAAGUAAUACAGAAAUCUCGCAUACCCUGUUUCUAACAUGUAUGUCCGAGAGAUCACGGAAGCAUUUCAGUCCCUUGUAGUUUUUUACCAUACAUUGGUAGCUCAGUGGCUUAUAUGAAGGACAGAGUGAUGUACUUGAAUCGUAGCAAGAUACAUCAUCACCGUUACACUUUAACUAGAUCAUUGGUAAGUAAUACUUCACUUUACAACAUGGAGUGAAGUAACUUAUGUUGGUAGUGAAGUAACUUAUUUGAUAAAGCAAUCUAACUUUUAAGUGGAGCAAUCUAACUUUUGGUUGGAGCAAUCUAACUGGGAGUGAUCUAACCAUGGUGUGAUCCAACUGGAUACCCUUUUAGCAAGUUCCUUUAUUUCAUGUCCUUAUAAAAUGGAGAAUGAAGGAAUGAUUCUGUGAGUAGAAGUCUUGAUCAGGACAUGUAGUUGCCUCAGAAUUUGAACUAUUUAUAUUGAUGAGGUUGAAAAUAAAUGAUUGAUAAGGAGAUACUUUACAUGUGUUGUUUAAAGGUUAAAAUUCAAAUGUUCAGAACAAGUGCAAAGAGAGGUUUAUGAUGAUCAGUUAAGAGAAUUAGGCAUUCAAGAUCCUAGGACUGAAACAAAUGAUAUCCUUGUUAUUUACUUAUUUGUGAAGGAUCCCCGUGUGUUAGAUGCUAUGAUGCCAUACUCUGUAUCUUAUUAUGGAAACCCACACUCACGUACACAUGCCUAUGGCUGGGAGAGUGAGCAGGCUGUGGAACAUGCAAGAAAGGUACACAGCACGAUCCACUUGUAACAUCCACAUAAUAACAUGAAAUUUAUUUUAUUUGUAUUAUUUUCCAGACAACUUUUAAUUAAUGCAUGGACUCAAGGGUUUUUCCGAAAGAGAUAGACAAUUGACAGAAACCACAAAGAGUCACUCCCCUCACUCUGUUAUUGGAAUUCUUUUAGCGCUUAUGAUCCAUCAAACAGUUUUGCUCAUGAGUAAUUGGUCAAAAUGCAUCAUGUAGCUGUUUAUUACCCAACUAAAACUGAGGGAUAUGUCACAAUAUCACCCCAGUGAUAUUUGCCAAUUUUUGUACCUUAUGUUACUAUGAUGAGUCUUCAUUUAAAAUUUAUUUUAAGGCAAUGAUGAUUUCAAAUUUGUUUUAAAAUAUUUGAAGGAUGAUAAACACAUUAGCCUCUAUUUUGGGCCAAAGUGUAUUUGUAUAUUUGACGUCUAUGUGGUAUAUUUGACCUUGGACAUUAUCUGUUCCUUUGAGCUCACAGUUUUCGACUUGGAAAACUGUUUGCAUCUCGGAAAUAUAUAUAUAUUAUAUAUUUAUAUAUACAUGGUUUGUCCUAUUAGUCAUUUUGGUGUGUAAUAUUGCUGAGUAUUUUUCACCAGUCAUGCCAAAUUUUGGCAUGCCCACAAGGUUGGUCAAAAUACAAAGUUAAAGCUAUUCAAUGAUACCAUACACCAAUAUGUUUCAAGAGUUAUUUGCUUUAUUUCACAUGCAUUUCUUAUAAGGCAGUAAAUGCAAAGAAAAUAGAGAAGCAGUUUGUUAUAUGGCUUAUGUAAAUCUUGCAUCAGAUUACAGUGCAAAAUAACAAACUGUCCCAAAUAACUGUACAAUAACAGAAUAUUUUUACUCAAUUUUUACAUUAUUUGCACUCCAGCUAGAAAAGUUGGAUAUUGAAAGAUCAGUAGGAUUGAACAUCCUACUGAUGUCUUUUGAUUGCUCAUGGUGGUGCACUGCUUUUGAAGUGUUGUUUCUUUCCCACCCACUUUGUCUUUUGUUUCCUAGAUAUUUUAAGGGUAUUCUUAGAGCAGGGAAUGUUAUUUCUCAUGAUGUUGCCUUCUCUCUUGUAUUUAAUUUUAUAAGUUAACUUCCUUUUCUGGUCAAAGACAAUGUUACCUAGCUGUAAAUUGUUUUAGUGGCCAGGAGACAAUUUUCAUCUGUUUAGUAGGGGGUACAGUAUGUUGAAUUUGUCUUGAUAUGUAGGUAAUGUGAAGGACAAAUUCCUUGUAAAUUUACAUGAUUUGGAAACAAUGAGCAGGUCUUUUGAUUUCAUUUAUAUAUAUGGUAGCUAUAUUUCAUAUUGACACAGUAAACAUGAAGUCCUAUCUCCUUUUUAUAGCAAGUAGCAGACCUGAUUGGUGCAGAUCCAAAAGAAAUUGUAUUUACUAGUGGGGCUACAGAAUCAAACAACAUAUCUGUUAAGGUAUGGUGUAAGUUAAAUUUUUUUGAUUUUGGCAUUCACAUCAGCCAGUGUGUUUUUGUAAUUUUGUGACAUGUGUAGAUAGAUGUUAUUUAAAAUAACCCAAAACUUUGUCAUAGCAGAUAUGUAUGGCAUCCCUAUUUUGGGCCAAAUUUUCCAGAGUUUAACAACAUCAUAAUUUCCAAAUUGAAGAUGCAAGAAAAUACAUGUAUAUGUUUUGAUUAAGCUUGUAAUAUUUUAAUGAUUCAGCUAAUUACAACAUCCUUGUAAGAACUGCCAUGUAAGUCAAAAGGGCACUGAUGGUUUAAGGUGCAUGUAGUUAUCUCUUAAUUGUUAACCAGCAGUUGAAGUGCAGACUAAACCAAUCUGAAAUUGUACAUGUAUUUGAAUGGACACAAAAGACUUUGUCAUAGCAGAUAUGUAUGGCAUCCCUAUUUUGGGCCAAAAUUUAAUUGUAAAUUGUGUUCCAUCAGUAUAAGUGUAAAUAAGGUAUCCAGUCAACUCGCCAACACCAACUCGCCGAUGUAUAAAAUUGAGUAGAGACGUCGGCGAGUUGGUCCUCAAUCCAAUACAACUUAUCAGAAGUUAAACAUACAGAAAAGUAAAUGAUAUUUAGUAAAAAAACACUGGUGAACAUUGGUGAACAUCAAACAGAAGCUUAAACAUUGGUGAACAUUGGUGAACAUCACCAAUGACUAUAACAGCUAAGACGCGAACGAGUUAUUGUGCGACAACAACACCGUAAAGACUCAUCAUGUCAAUCCCUCAGAUUUUUUAAAGAAAACCUGGCUUUCUAGACAAGAUCUUUAGUAAAAAGCAAUUCUUUUUAUUUGCAACAAAGUUUAUAAGGAUCUCAAUACGAAUAAAGCAAAGUAAACAUCACCAAUGACUCUAACAGCUUCAGACGCAAACGAGUUAUUGUGUGACAACAACACUGUAAAGACUCAUCAUGACAAUCGGUCAGAUUUUUUAAGAAAACUUGGCUUUCUAGAUAAGAUCUUUAGUAAAAAGUAAUUCUUUUUAUUCGCAACAAAGUUUAUAAGGAUCUCAAGGUGAAUAAAGUAAAGUAAACAUCGCCAAUGACUAUAUCCACUUCAGACGCGAAUAAGUUAUUGUGUGACAACAACACCGUAAAGACUCAUCAUGUCAAUUGCUCAGAUUUUUUAAAGAAAACUUGGCUUUCUAGACAAGAUCUUUAGUAAAAAGCAAUUCUUUUUAUUUGCAACAAAGUUUAUAAGGAUCUCAAGAAAGAGUUACUUUUCUAUAUGUUUAACUUCUAAUAAGUUGUACUGGAUUGAAGACCAACUUGCCGAUGUUUCUACUCGAUUUUAUACGUUGGUGAGUUGGCAUGGCAUUGAACAAGUUGACCGUAAUUCGUAAAUAAUGGUCAGAUUCCAAAGCACCUUUUUAAUCAUUCUCACAAACUUAGCUCAGUAGUAGCCAAUUUGAUUGCCUCAUUAAGGAGAUGCUACUCAUUUGCAAUUUUGAACCAUAAUUGAAUGUUCUGACAUAUUCUUUUCAUGCCUUUGUUAUGGUAGUACCCUUCAUGUACAUGUCUCUGUCUACAUUCAUGACUUUGUACUAACAACUCCAGCUACCUUUAAGAGUCAGAGCUGAUAAUUGUGUUGUUUAAUGAUACUGAGAUGUUAGGGAAUAAAUACUUCAUAUAUAAUUUCACUGAUGUUGUUUACUUAAUUUUCUAGGGAGUUGGACGCUUUUACAAAAAGAAUAAGAAACAUAUCAUAACAACUCAAACAGUGAGUGUUGGAAUUCAAUUUUGAGCUCAUACAUCAUUUGCAUGUAGUUUGUCCAAAAAUUUAUUUGUUUAAUUUGUUAGUUUUGAUCGCUGUAUUACUUGGUUUUGAAUGAUAGGAGCACAAAUGUGUUUUGGAUUCCUGCCGCUCACUUGAAAGUGAAGGGUUUGAAGUAACAUAUCUGCCAGUAAUGAAAAAUGGACUUAUUGACAUGGAGGUAUGUGAAGUGGUUCUUGAAAAUUUAGUUGUGAUAACUGAGGACAACUAAGAUUUUGUGUGUUCAUACAAUGACUGAGGUAAGGGGCUCACAAACUAGUGUCCUGCUUUUCCAACAACCUGUGGUUAGAAAAUUAUAAUUAUAAGACACUGGAUUUAAUUUGAUGUUCGUCUUUAAACUUAACCCUCUAACUCCCAGGGGUGAUAAAACAUACAACUUCUCCCUUUUACAUCCAUACAUUAUCAAGUUAGUAAAGUUAGUAUACUCAAAUUUAUCAGGUAGUAGUGGUUGUCUUGAUCUAACACCAAAUUCUUGUAACUAAUUUACAAGGAAAUGUGUAGCAGCUAGAAAGGAGAAUUAAAAUCUACAUGUACAAUGUAGACCUUGGAAGUUCAAGGUGAAAAUGCAGAUAAGAUAGAUUUAUGUAUCACACUUUAGAUACUUGAUUUUGUCUUACAUCUUAUAGCAACUGGAGGCAGCCAUCAGACCUGACACAUCUCUUGUAUCCAUAAUGACAGUCAAUAAUGAAAUUGGUGUCACACAACCCAUGGGAGAAAUUGGUAAGACUGACCAAAAGAAACACAAGUAUUCCAGGCUCACUUAGUGUAUUCAAAAUGCUACUUUGCUGUACCUUUACAUUAAAGAGCAUAUGUCUCUGAUUAGUCUUCAGUGAGAUCUUACUAAUUCAAUUAACCUUCUUAAAAUAACUAGUAGACUAAAUCAUAGAUGUAUGCAGAUUGUGAAGUAUACAUUAUCAUUUAUCUAUAUACAGCUAAAGGUGUUUUAAAAAUGACUUGCCUUUCAAACUUUUCUUCUCACCUUUGCAACAUAAAUGCACAUCAUUGGUUAGUUUUCUUUCCUUCCAGUUCCCUGUAUCUUUUUUCAAUGUUUCCACUUCAGGUACAUGUAGAUUACAAAAAAAUGAAUUUUUUGUUAGAGCUUCAGCUAAAGGUGUUAAAGGUGCACAUUGCACAUGUAUACCACUUUGAAAUUUUAAAUCAUGGAAGAGGUCUAGUGAAGUACUCUCUUAUUGUUUGAUGUCCAACAAAAAGCAGUCAGCUACACUAAGCUAAUUUAGAGAUCCACCAAUAAUGAUUUUUUCUUCUUGCUGUCUCUUGCAGGAUCCCUCUGUCGCAAGAAUAAAGUCUUCUUUCACACAGAUGCAGCACAAGCAGUUGGGAAGAUUCCAAUUGAUGUGAAUGACCUGAAGAUUGACUUGAUGUCAAUCAGUGGCCACAAGAUUUAUGGACCAAAAGGUAAAUGGAUAGAAAAAGACACCAUGGUAGUUUUACUUAAUGUCAUUGAUGGGGCAGGUCACCACUUUGGCUGCAUGCUUUUAGUCUCUAGUAGUUGGAUAAUAUUUUAUUGUCUGAUUUUGUGGUUUUAAGUGUUACAUUUAUACAAAGUAUUACAUGCUGGUUUUAAAGCACUUUUGAAAAUAAUUUUUUAGCAUGUACCUUUCACUUGCAUAAAGUGCAAGCUUUUACAUGUAUCGAGAGAGUGCAGUUGCAUUGAAAGCUUGUAAUCUUUUACCAGUCUAUUACAUGUUCAUUUAGUAUGAGUUGGAGAUGACAGGUAGGGAAGGGAAAGAAAUCUUCAGCUCUCCCAAACCUUCUUCUUUUUCUUUCUAUGUAGUGCUUGUAAAAAUAUGUGAGUGAUUUUGGCUAACUUCUCACCAAAGGAAAAGUUGUUAAGAAAAGUGAAUAAUCCAUGUCAGUUUAUUUUGUGAAGCCUGGCCAUGAAUUACAGGAUUUGCACAGCAGUGGAGUGAUUGCUGUACGUGUUUAUUGAUUUAUUGUAACAGGUGUUGGUGCCUUGUACAUCAGAAGAAGACCUCGAGUCAGGGUAGAGCCUAUUCAGAGUGGAGGAGGGCAGGAGAGGUACAAUACAUAAAUGAUACAAAGAUAUUCGGCAAACUGGAAAGAGGUCAUAAAGGACUGUGCAGAUACAUUUUUUGAUUGUAAUUAUGCACCCCCUUAUUAAAUAACUUUUUUUACGGUUUUUAACAUUUUCUAAUUUGUCCAGUUCCUCAAAAAUUCCUCUUGAUUCAAAUUUUUCAGUGAUGAUAAGGGGAAGUCUUCUUAAAAGUUUCUUUUUUUUUUCCAUCGUCGUGGUUUAUUUGAAUAUUUGGUCAUUUUAGGGGCAUGCGCAGUGGUACAGUCCCUCACGUGUUGGCAGUAGGAUUGGGUGCAGCCUGUGAAGUGGCUCUAGAGGAAUUGGAGGUAAACCAAUCAGAGCAUGAUCUUGCUAGCUAAGAAUAAGUGCUGGGUUUUUUCUUCAGGUUCUCAGUUGUAACCCCCAGUAAGAAGAUAAUAGAAUGUAAUAUGAUGUCUAGACCACAAGGCGUGCUCCAUUUUGAAAUUUUUGUUUGUUUUGAUUUUUUAAAAAUGGAAAGUGUACCUGUGGUUAAGAUUGCUCUAAAACGGCUAUGUCACAUUUUUUUUUAGUUUUUAUAAAUGUUUCCCAAAUUUUUAUUUUCAACCCGUACUGAUCUCCUUUAUAUUUAGCCAUGCCUAUUACUUUCUGCGUUUAUUUCCUUGUCUCUCUUGUGUUUAUCCACUUUGCAAAACACCAUGUAACUGAGUAAAGCUUUAUUUCAAUGAGCGAAAAUGUGAUCGAUCCAAGUAAACUCCAAAUAUCGCUGUGUAAUCCCUGUGAAGACGUCAUAAUGAGAUGCGAAUUUGGCCUUAAGUUAUCAGUAUAUUUGCAAUUCUGCAGUAUGACCACAAGAGGGUGACGGAACUGUCGAAUCGCUUGGUGAAUGGCAUCACAGAUGGGUUAACCCACGUCAUCAGAAACGGUGACCCGGAUCAUUCUUAUCCUGGAUGUGUGAACCUGUCUUUUGCAUUUGUGGAGGGGGAAAGUCUGCUGAUGGCUCUCAAAGACGUGGCUCUUUCGUCAGGCAGGUGAGGAGAGUUCAGUGUGUCAAACAAGAAACAUCUCGAAAGAUAAGGCUUAUUAAUAGAAUCCAUCGAGUGCUUUUGCCCUCUGUAUGUUUUCAUUGACCUGUAGAAUGAAAUUCACUCAAAACUUGUUAGUUAUUGAGUAGGAAAAGCUUACUGUACGUUUUAAAAGGUUAAGUUUGGUUGAAUUUGUUUUAUCCCGAGUGCUUUUGAAUAGAGAAAGAAAUGAACUUAUGAAUGGGACAUAUUAUACAGGGGCGUUUUUUUGAGGGACUUAAAAGGAGAGCAUGAAAAAGGGGGAUGGAAACUAGGAUGACAGACGCUGGUGUUUUUUUUUUUCGUAAAGCGCAUGUACGUCUGCCUCGUUGGAACCGUCCUAUGUCCUCCGAGCGAUAGGCGCCGAUGAAGAGCUGGCUCACUCCUCCAUCAGGUAUUGUGUCAAGGACAUUUUUUUGCGUGAAAUGCCUUGACUCAGAGAAUAGUUAUUACCGUUAGUUCCUUACGCAUAAAUUGAUAUGCCGUGUCAGCUUGCUUUUGAAACACGGUGCUAAUUACCAACUCAAUGCUCAUAAUGAUUUCUCUACCAGCGGGAAGAUUUGAGGCGAGUCGAGGGGAGGUUUGUCUUGGUCUGGCACUAAUAUCAAUGCUAGGCCCUUGUGAGGCCUCUAGAUCAAGGACAUACCGUCCUCUUUAUUCAAUUAUUUUUUUGUGUUGUUUUGAGUUUUUUCUUUUUUACUGUUGUUGUUUAUGCCAGCACCGCAUUGGCAUUACUUGUCAGAAUAAAGUGAAGUGUGAACUAACUUGCAAAAUUUAACCUAGUUUGUGGCGAGUAAGUACACUUCUGUUCCUUGUAUCUCCUCUAUUUUCAGGUUUGGAAUAGGUCGUUUUACUACAGAAGAAGAAAUAGAUUACACUGUGGAGAGGACAGUUAAACAUGUCAAACGCCUUCGCGAAAUGAGGUUUGUAGAAUUCUUUUUUCACCAUCAUCCUUUAGUGAACGAUUUUGGUUUCUUUACGACACUUUUCAUGAAAUGAAAAGUUAGCCCCAUCGGGUAACCAGCGCUGUCUCCUCAUUCCAGGAAUUGUUUUGGCGGGGUCAUAGCUGACGUUUCGAGUGAUAGCCCUUCGUUAGAGCGGCUAACGCUCUUCGUUAGGGCUAACGUUCUAAACUUUAGCUUUCGAGAAUCCUUACGGUGGCUAGUUCUCAUUAUCAUCUAGCUUGAUAACACCAUGUUAUCUCGUAAUACUCCCACCGACGCCGCACUACAGUUUGUUUAGAAACUAACCCCUUUAUUUAUCGGUCUUUCAUGUAGUUUUAAUCUGUAUAGUGUGUAUUUUAUUGUCUCCGGGGUUCAAUGAAGCCUACUAACAGCGAAAGUCUGGCGGUGUCAUCCAGUGUCGUAAAUUAUCAGAUGGAGCCGGUAAGACCUUAAAAAAAAAAAAAACGACAACAAAAGCAGCAACGAAAGCUACCAGCAGCCGUAGAAAACGCACGCAAUAAGUCUAGUUUUGCAUUUGACUGGUUGAGCUGGUUGUGAGAAAGUUUUUGACCAAUCACAGUGCAUGACAAAGCAACAUUUCGAUGAACAUUUUUUUUUUUAAUUUGUACAUCUUGCUCAUUGCAGCCCGUUGUGGGAAAUGGUGCAAGAAGGAGUCGAUCUGAAGACCAUCCAGUGGUCACAGCACUGAUCGGUCAAAUCUUCAAGUGUCGAUCUCAACAUGGAAAGUUUCCUCCUGGGUCUCAAUGUUUUUUGGGAAACUAGGCUGUGCAAUACUACUGUUUUCUUUAUGAUCACGAUUGUGGCGGAAAGAAUGGCUGCAUAUGAAUCUUCGAUUAAAAAAAAACCUUCGUUUGUUUUAGAUGUUGGAAAUGUAAAUAUCAUGGACAAAAAGGUCAAUACCAACCAACAAGUCUGCUUGAAAAUGAUUAGGACAUUGUUGACAGGGCUUAAAUAAAAAAGUUAGAGAAAAAGCUGCUUGUAGCACAG